AUGGAUAGCUGCCGUGCAAACUUCAAUCCUAGCAAUCAUCUCAAAAUUGCUCACUAUUUGCUCUAUUUGUUUUUGGCCUCUUCAUAUCUGCAGAGCACUACUAAACUCUGUUUGGUCGAUGGACUUCCAGGCAGUGUGAAAUCAUGCAUGGAGGAAGAAAGGCAGGCACUUCUGAGCUUCAAAAAAGAUGUAACUGAUCCUUCCGGUCGGCUUUCCUCUUGGGCGGGUCUUGAUUGCUGUCUAUGGAAUGGGAUAACAUGCAACAACCGCAUAGGUCAUGUUGCAAAGUUGGACCUUCGGAAUACAUAUCCAUUUCCAACAUGGUCUGAUCCUGAAUAUCACCGGGACGAGUUGGCUUAUCAACACUCUUGCUUAGAGGGUAAGAUAAAUCCUUCCUUGCUUAGCUUGAAACAUUUAUAUUACCCAGAUCUAAGUCGGAAUAGUUUGGAACUUUCUAAGUUCAUUGGUCUGCAUAAAAAGGCUCCAUUUCCUAAGUUCUUUGGCCAGCUUAAGAGUUUGCGACAUCUUGAUAUCUCCUUCGCAUCUUUUGUUGGACAAAUUCCUCUUAACUUCGGUAACCUCUCAAACUUGAACUAUCUUGACCUCAGUGGAAAUUUCCGGUUGAAAAUAUCUUCCAAAAACUUGAAUUGGCUUCCUAAUCUCUCUUCCUUAAAAUACCUCAAUCUCAACAGAAUCGAUCUUGGCAGCACAGGAGUAAGUUUGCUACAUGCAGUCAACAUGCUUCCUUCACUGUUAGAGUUGCAUUUGUCUGAAUGCCAAAUUACAGAUAUUCCACUCUCAAUGCAGAGGAUAAAUAUCACUUCACUUUCGACACUUGAUAUGUCAAUGAAUAAUAUCAAUUCUCCCUUACCCAGCUGGUUUUCUAAUCUUACAAGCCUCAGAAAACUCAAUCUGAGUCUAAAUUAUUUCACUGGUCACAUUCCUCGUGAAUUUGCAAGCCUCAAAUAUCUGGAAGGCCUUGAUUUAUCUAAUAAUGCCCUCGAAGGUCAAAUUCCCGAACUCAUUGGAAAUUUGUGUGAGCUAAAGACCUUAAAUCUUCAAAGCAACGAACUUGAUGGGGGGAUUCAAGGGCUUUUUUUGAGUGGUUUCUCAAAUUGUACGGAUAGUGUAUUAGAAUCACUAGAUUUGUCUUCUAAUAGGCUGGAAAAUGAGUUGCCUGCCAACUUGGGGAUGUUACACAAGUUGCAGUACCUUAACCUUGAGUCGAAUUACUUUUGGGGAUUAAUUCCAGAUAGUUUGGGACAACUGUCUGAGCUAGUUCACCUAGCCUUGUAUGGGAAUUCAUGGGAAGGCAUUUUAACAGAAUCUCAUUUCAUGAAUCUGACAAGAUUACGAUCUAUCGAUGUGUCCACAUAUCGACCUAUGUCGCUCAUUUUCAAUAUUACUUAUGAGUGGCUUCCUCCUUUCAAGCUCUACACAAUUGGCAUUACAAAUUGCAGUGUGGGUCCUGCCUUUCCUGUAUGGCUUCAAUCUCAAACUGAAUUAUUCGAUGUUACCCUUCAUAGUACUGGAAUCUCGGAUGCCAUACCAGAAGAGUGGUUCUUGAAGAUAUCUUCGCAACUCAAAUAUUUGGAUUUGUCUUACAAUCAAAUCAGUGGGAGGCUUCCUCUCCUAUUAAAAUGUCCAAAUUUAUAUCAUAUUGAUUUGAGUCAUAAUCAGAUUGAAGGUCCACUCCCACUCUUGUCAGCUAAUGCCUCCAUCCUUAAUCUUGAAAGCAAUUCAUUUUCAGGGCCAAUCCCCUUAAAUCUAGACCAACUGAUGCCCACACUGCAAGGAUUGUAUCUUUCUGAUAAUCAGUUGAAAGGCAUAUUUCCCCCCAGCAUUUGUAACAUGCAAAGUUUGUCUAUCAUUUCCCUGAGAAACAAUCAAUUAUUUGGAGAAUUCCCACAAGCAUGGAGUUUGUGGCCCAUAAUAUUGAUUGUAGAUGUUGGACACAACAAUCUAUCUGGCAAUAUCCCAAGUUCAAUGGGAGUCCCAAGGUCACUUCUUGUAUUAAAGCUGAACGAUAACAAUUUUGGGGGCAGAAUUCCUUCUUCUAUAUGGAAAAAUUGCACUGGCCUGAGAAGUAUUGAUCUUGGAGGCAACAGAUUAACUGGAAACAUGUCUUUAUGGAUAGGAUCAAAUGCACCCGAGCUGUUUUUCCUACGACUGCGAUCCAACUUUCUAAGCGGGCAUGUCCCCCAUCAGGUGUGCAAUCUUCCCUUGCUUGACAUCCUAGACCUUAGUCACAACAACUUUUCAGGGACCAUUCCCAAGUGUGUGAAAAAUAUGGCUUCUUUGGUUUCUGGUAUUUCAAAUGUGAGUUACUAUGAAAACUAUUUUGAGCAAACCACAUUGACGUCAAAAGGAAGAGAACUUGUAUAUAACAAAACCCUGUUCUUUGUGAAAAGCAUUGAUCUUUCAUCAAAUAAUUUGGAAGGUGAAAUCCCAGAAGAAAUAACAAGCCUCAUUGCAUUGAGUAUCCUGAACUUGUCAAGAAAUCAAUUAAGUGGAAGCAUUCCUUCAAAGAUUGGAAACUUGCGAUGGCUGGAAACUCUUGAUCUCUCAAACAAUCGCCUUUUCGGACAGAUUCCUCAAAGCUUUUCUUCUUUAACCUCCUUGUCCCACUUGAACUUGUCUUAUAACAACUUGUCUGGUAGAAUUCCUUCAGGCAACCAACUUCAGACGCUUAAUGAUUCGUCCAUUUAUGAGGGCAACAAAUUACUGUGUGGAGAGCCUCUUUCAAAGUGCCCUGGAGAUGAAACUUUAACUGCUACGAAUGCAAAGUACAGUAAUGCAGAUGGAAAUGAUAAGCUGUGGUUGUAUGUCAGCAUGGUGUUGGGCUUUAUCGUAGGCUUUUGGGGUGUUUGCGGCACAUUACUUGUUAAGAAGUCAUGGAGGUAUGCUUAUUUUCGAUUCUUUGAUGACAUCAAAAAUAAGGUUGCAUUGGCAAUUGAACUGAAGUUGGCUCGUCUGCAAAGGAAAUCUUGA